AUAUAAGUAGAAGUGGUAACACACACCAGACCACGCAGGUGGAAGCAAAAUCCCGCACUAGUGCGUUAACUCGCUGGAAGAGUUCGCUUCGCGGAACGCACACCAUUGUAGCUCCUCAACAUCCAUAGUCGCUGCUAGCGAAGCUGCGCAGUGGGCUCUUGCGUUGUUCUGCAGAUAACACUCUCCUUCGCCGAAAAGAUCAUGAAGCACCAAGUUGUGGCUGUCUUUCUGAUACUCUGCUUCACCUCUGCCGCGGUGAACGCGAAUGCUGCAGUGGACGCCGUCAUCGAAGAACUGAAGGACUUUGUGCGACACUUUGAGAAGGACCAAGCCAAGGUCCAGGAGGCUCUGAGCAAGAUCGACAGAGCGAGCGAGUGUCUCUCAGCCGCGAAGGACAUCAACCCUGACAUCAUCAAUCAACUUGCCAAGGGUGUCAUUCAGACACUCAUGGAGUGCGGUGGCAAAUAUAUCAGCAUCGAGGACCCUCAGGAAAGGGCUACUGCGACAAAGAACUGCUUGCUGGAUAAGGCGAACAACUUUAAGGAAUCCAGUGGAAUGACUCCAGAAGAAAUCAAGAUGUUCGACGAUGCUUUAACUUGCAUCCAAAAGGUAGCUGAAGAGUAGUUUAGUUGGAACCGAAACUGAAAAGAGCUGAAGAACUGCAGGAGACCGUAGUAGACCGAAGCGCCUCGACGCACCUUUUCCACGUGUCGAACAAAAUAAACUUCGCAGAAAAAGACAAUAAAUUGAA